CGCCUUGAGGUGGCUCCCAGUAUCUUACCUCAUGAUCUAAGCUCUGGUCAGCUUCCUUUUGGUCUUGGGAGUCAGGACCACCACCAUCUCUGAGUGCCGAAGAUCGUAGCAGCCAGGUUACCGCAAGUCCCUGAAGAGGGACGCCGUAAAAGAGUGACAGCUGAGCCAGCCACAAGAUGGCGUUCAAAGCCUGGUUAGUCUACCGAUGGCGUCAGAUUUGUGCGUCAUGUGUGGUGGUGUGCGCAGUGUUGUGUACGGGCAAUGUGGUAGGGUGGUCGGUGGAGGUGUCGCGUAUCAUGGAGGAUCCCACCACCAACUUUAACCUCACCCAAGACGACCAACAGUGGCUAGUGUCGUGUGCCGGUGUGGUAGCCAUCUUCACUACAGCAGGGAGCGGGGUACUGGUGGAAGCUAUAGGUCCGUGUCGUCUACUGAGCUUCGUGCUGCUGCCCGCCACGGUGGGCUGGGUGCUCAUGGCUGCCUCAAACUCCCUCCCCUGGAUCUAUGUGGGCAGGAUCAUCACCGGUGGCGUAGGCUUUAUGCUCACCACUGUGGUCCAGCCCCUGCUGGCAGAGAUGUGCACAGCGGACGUUCGUGGGCUGCUAUCGACGCUGCCUGAAAUGAUGGUGAGCGUGGGCAUGUUGCUGGUGUACGUGUUGGCUCGCUUCCUCGAUUGGGAAAGCACCACCCUCAUCUGCGGCAUCCUCCUCUUCCCUGUCACCGUCGGGGUCCUCUUUAUCCCCGAGUCGCCUUACUGGCUACUCAAGAAGGGCAAAGAAAAGAUGGCUCUCAGGGCCCUCAUGAAGCUAAGAGCACCCGAGCACGACGUGGACGCUGAACUGAGCACCAUCCGCGAUGCCAUCAACCAGCAGAACCAGCACGCAUCCAUCGUCCAGCAGUUCAAGGCGCUGAAGGAGCCGUGUAAUUACCGCCCGGUGCUUCUGGUGACAGCUAUCUUCAUCUUGAGGGAGCUGGGUGGAGCCAUGGUCAUCUUCAUGUACGCAGUAUUCUUCUUCGAGAACGCCGGGGUGACGUUGGACCCAUUCACUUGCUCAGUGUUGUUGGGUGUCUGUCGCCUCGUCUUCACAUUAAUCUCCGCUACGAUCAUCGACAAGCUGGGAAGACGACCCUUACUGAUAACUUCCUCCAUUAUCUGUGGCAUCGCGCUCUUCGUCACCGGUGGGGUGCUGUACACACAGGACCAGGGUGUAGGCUGGGUGCCCCUCACAGCCGUCAUGGUAUACGUGGCGUCGUUCGGGCUGGGGGCAGGACCUGUGCCCUGGAUCCUGUUGGGAGAGUUGCUGCCCACACCCGUCCGCUCCUUGGGUGCCUCCAUCGUCACCAGCAUCUUCGUCAUCACCCUAUUCACCAUCGCGCAGGUGUUCCCUGACCUGACUGUCGCCAUCGGACUUGAAAAUGCGAUCAUGGUUUUCGGUUCCUUUGAAAUCUUGCUGGCUCUGUUGGCCUUCCUCUUCCUGCCUGAGACCAGGGGGCGCACACUAGAGGAUCUGCAGCACGCCUUUGUCGGUAGUCCUGUCCUCACGCCCUUCUCCCACGCCGGGCGCGAUGGAUACACACCGGCUUACGGCAGCACCUUCCCUUCAACCUCCCAGGGCCUGGAAAAGGUCCGCUAGUGCCCUGGCCUAACCCUGGUUAUCUAUAGGUACCGUCUGUUGGCUUCCUGCCUCUAUAAAAGCAAAUUCUUCACUACUAUUCACAUCAGAGACUGAAGUUCUGAUAAGCCGCCCUACACAAGACGAUCUUUUGUGUCAUUUAUAUUUUUGUCUCGUGAUAUAAGGUAUCGUCGGUCGUCAAGGACUGUAGCUGAAUGAAUGCAUUCUUAAUCUGGCGCUUGGAAUAAUAGUGUGGAUAUAAACUUUUAAUUAAUUUGUAGAAAACAGAUUUACAUUUAUACGUAUAAAAACUUGUUUGUUCAUAUUUCUAAAUUUUUCGUUUACAUUAUUUUGUAUUUAUUUUUUAUUGUUAUAGUGUUUCCCAUGAGCUGUAUGAGCUGACUCUGGUCAAGAAAUACAGUUGUUAAUACAUGUAUGAUUGCUGACAUUAAGAAAAUUAUAUAUCAAUAAUAACACUUGGCACCAAAUUAAAUAACAAGCAAAAUCCGUAACAUGGUUCAGAGCAGCUUCCUAUCGGUAAUUUUGAGGUGCUGAUUUAAAAUCUGGCAAAAAAAUUAUCUGGCACGUAGAGUUUAUUUGUUAUACAAAAAAUAAAUCUUACAACUACAAAAAACUGAAAAAAUACUUUUUUUCUUGUUAUCUCUGUUACUUUUUUCCACAUCAUCACACUAAAAUUCAAUAAAGAAUGAAAUAAAUCAUAAGAAGACACAAAAAGUAAUAAAUUAGCCACUGUAUGGGCAUUUGUUAUUUUAUUUCAUCCUUUUAUGUGUUGUAUUGUCCUCCGAUUGUAAACACCAGCAAUAGUCCCCCAUCAUGGCAGGAUCCCAUCUACCCUGGUACCUUUCCCCCAUACGUCUAAUGUCCUGAUGAAAUCGCUCUCCCUGUUCAUCACUAACCGACCCCGGAUUCUCAGGAAAAAAGUCAAAGUGCGAGUGUAGGAGGUGGACUUUCAGGGACAUCCUGCAUCCUAAGUUUUUGUAGUGUUUUAAGAAUUUCUCUACAAGUUGGGAAUAGUUUUGUUCUUUCUUGUUCCCAAGAAACCCCUUGACUACAGAUGUGAAGGAUUUCCAUGCAGCUAACUCAUUUUCAUUCAGGUUGUUUUCAAAGUCGUCAUCACGAAGUAACUUUCUUAUCUGUGGGCCAACAAAGAUACCCUCUUUGACUUUUGCAUCACUGAGCUGUGGGAAUUUUCCCCUCAAGUACACGAACCCAUCACCUUGUUUGUCCAUAGCCUUCACAAAAUUCUUCAUUAGUCCCAGCUUGAUGUGUAAAGGAGGUAGAAGUACAUCGUUUGGGUCUACCAAGGGAGUAUAUUUAACGUUGCUUUUUCCUGGCACAAACUUUUCUCUCUUUGGCCAGUCCUUUGUGUUGUAGUGUUUUUCUGUUGCUCUGCUGUCCCAUAAAUACAGAAAACAGCAAUAUUUCGUGAACCCUCCUUGAAGGCCGAGUAGAAGGGCUAUAACCUUCAAGUCGCCGCAGAUCUGCUACCUAUACUACUUGUAUUUAAUAGCGGUCAGUAAUUUCUCCAAACUAUCAUUCGUUUCCUUCAAACCUACAGAAUGCGCUACUGGAACUGAGGACUUCUGGUUCCCAUUAUGCAACAAUACUGUUUUCAGACUAAACUUGGAGGAAUCUAUGAACAUCCGCCAUUCCUUUGGGUCAUGUUUUUCUCCCAACCCUGACAUCAGUCCAUCUACAUCACUACACACACAGAGGGAAUCCUGCAUAUUGUAGAAUGGGGUUAGCGACAGCAUUUCCUCCCACUUGCUGUUCGGUAUUGCUAACCUUGCAUUUAAUAUAACCCUACCAACACAAGUACGUAUCUUACAUUCCUACACUACAUAUACACAUAUAUCAUAAAAAUGUUACGUGACUGACAUUUUUUAUUGCCAUAUUUGAAAUCAACAUCCCAAAAUUAAUAAAGUGCAGCGUAUGUGAUCCAUGUUACCGAACCCUUGUCAACUAGUGUAAAUAAAGUAUUACUUCACUAAGUGAAAAUCUGAUCAAUAGUACUAAUAGACUGAAAAUAAAUUUUGAUUUGGCUGACAAAAAAUAACGACAGUUUAAUAUAAAACCACUGUUUCUUUCCUGAGUAAGCAAUACAUACACACAUUAUCUACAACUGGAGCAUUUAUGUGGCGGAUCUGAAAUAAAUAGACGUUGUAAUUUUGGCAGUGUCUGAUAGGAUGAUGGGUAUGUCAAGUGUUAUUGGUAAAAAAAAAAAAACAUUACAAGUUAAAAACCUUAAGUUUUUUUUUUUUUUAAGAUGGCAGAGGCAGAGAUACUCACUCAAAGAAGGAAGCUGCUCUUCCCGUAAUGAAGUAGGUAGAUAGACAGUAAACAAAAGAUUGGCAUAGUUAACUUCAGAACUUGAAGUUGCUAUCAAUAGUAACAGAACAUUCGAGUACAUUUAUGACCUCUUGUAAGCCGAGAAGAAAAAGUAAAAACUCACUUAAACAUUAAGGUCACUUGAAGACAUUUCCAACAGAUAACAUAAAGUGAAAGUUAUCAAAGACAUUAGAGUGUGUCCAAACCAUAAAGUCAAACUGAAACUGAUGUGGUCAUUUAAGCCAAAAAUAGAACUAAAUUGUACCUCAUAAGAACAGAAGACAAAAGAAGCUUCAGUUAACGAGCGGCUCAGAAAUGAAAAAUAAAAGAAAAUCUUAAGAAACAGACUAUACAUGUUUAUAUUUUCCUGGUUUCAUUGGCAACAGGAGGACACAGAGCAGCUCACGAUACAAUAAACAGAUCCCCACAUUAGUUUCCCAAGCGUCUGGUACCCAUAGCGUAGAGUCGUAGCAUUAUAUUAUACGUAUAUAAGACACAGGAGCCACAAGGGGAUGAUAGCAAAACUACACUUUAUUGAACUUUCCCUAAACACUACUGCUAGUUUCUGGUAUAUUCGUUGGGCUCGUAGCCUUAUGCAUAAUACUAGCGUCAGUUCAUCUGUAAUGAGUCUCAAGUUUGUUAUCAUAAUAUAUUGUUCUCUGCUUUAACCGGUGCACAAGUAUAGUUGUCUUCCCUUUUUUUUCUGUUUUAUUAAAGAUAGAUAGAUAGAAGAGAUAGAUAGAUACCUAGAUAGACAGAUAGAUACCUAGAUAGACAGAUAGAUACCUAGAUAGACAGAUAGAUACCUAGAUAGACAGAUAUUUAUUCAGUAAAAUCGUCAUAUACGUUCAUAAUUAGAUCUACAUGUAAAUAGACAAUGCAGGUAUAUACAGUAGUUCAGUAUACAGUACAUAUAGACAAUGCGAAAUAUAAAAUUUCCAGUUACAGGUAUACACAUAAUGGUAAACAGUAAGGCAAUUCCACCAAGGAAAGUCAACAAAGCCAUCAGGUGCUUAUUUCCUGGAGGGUUCUUUGCUUAGGCUUGGUUAAUAAUUAGUAAUAGCAAAUAUAAAAUAAUGAAAUUGUAAUUUGUUGAAAACUAUAACAAGCAAUUACAAUGUGCUUAUACCAUUCGCUUUAGCAAUACAACAUUCUAUGGUUAAUAAUUUAGAAAACCACUCUUUUCUUGCUGUGGCUUCAUCGGCUAUGUAUGCUUUAGUUUUAGCUUUGGACUGCUUGAUAUGAUCAGGCAAAUUGUUCCAAUCCUUUAUAGCUGUAAAGAAAGUCUAUUUUGUUUGACCGCGGUUAAUGAAUUUCUUUAUACAUGUAACUUAUAAAUGUAACCCCAGCCUGACUUUUUUUUCUUUGACAAGUGUGUACUAAAUAAACAUUCUUUUUCAA